UUAGCCCCCGCCUGCCAUAACUCCAGAGAACACGCAGGCCAGGCACAAGAAACACCUGCCGCCGGCAAUGGACUUCGACGACCACGACGACGGCGACGAGGAGAUGGCGCCGAUGCCGGUCAGCUCCAGCUAUGAGACCCCGCCUCCGCUGGCGGCCGGGUUCGGCGGAGCGCCGCCCAAGCCCCCCGGGGAGCCCGUCCCACUCGCCAAGGUAGCCCCGGGGGGCCACGGCGGCGGCGGCAGCGGGAGGUACCGCGAGUGCCUCAAGAACCACGCCGUCGGCAUCGGGGGCCACGCCGUGGACGGGUGCGGCGAGUUCAUGGCCGCCGGCGAGGAGGGCACGCUGGACGCGCUCCGCUGCGCCGCGUGCAGCUGCCACCGCAACUUCCACCGCAAGGAGUCCCCGGCCACCGAGGGCUCGCCCGUCUCCCCCGCCGCGCUGGUCGCCUACGGCGCCGCGCCGCACCACCAGUUCUCGCCGUACUACCGCACCCCGGCCGGCUACUUCCACCACCACCAGCCGCUCCACAUGGCCGCGGCCGCCGCCGCCGCCGCGGUCCCGCGGCCGCUGGCGCUGCCGUCCACCUCCCACAGCGGGCGCGACGACGGCGACGACCUGUCCGGGAUGGCCGGGCCCAUGUCGGCCGUGGGCCCGCUGAGCGGCAUGUCCCUCGGCGGCGCCGGGCCCUCCGGCUCGGGCGGGUCCGGGUCCGGCAAGAAGCGCUUCCGCACCAAGUUCACGCCGGAGCAGAAGGACAGGAUGCUGGCGUUCGCGGAGCGCCUGGGGUGGCGCAUCCAGAAGCAUGACGAGGCCGCCGUGCAGCAGUUCUGCGACGAGGUCGGCGUCCAGCGCCGCGUGCUCAAGGUGUGGAUGCACAACAACAAGCACACCCUCGGCAAGAAGCCGUAGCGCCCCGCAGCAGCACCACCUGAUCGGCUGAUCUAUCCCCACCACCGCAUGCACACCGGAUGGGUCGUCGAUCCCAGAGCGGCGGCUGAUCCGUGGACGGCGGCCGGCCGUGGCCAGCCUCCGGUAGGUACUCCGUGCAUCUUCUUCAAUUCGUUAGCAUCCGGCUCCGGCGCCCUCGCGGCGGCGUAGGUUAGUUGCAGUAGUAACUCGUAGUGAGCGGCUCGAUCGAUGGUUCUUGGCUUCAUUAGGCGGUUCUUUCAUUUGUCAUUUAACCGUACUUGCUGCUGUUUGCUGUCUAUUAAUUAAUUCCUGC